AUGGCGCGGCGUGUGACCUCUGACCCAUUCAUGAUCCCGCUGCCCGUAAUGCUUCUGUUGUUGGUGACGCCGUUCAGCUGGAGUCUCGAUGUACUGCGUCCAGGUUGCCACCUGUACCCGUUUAACGUGACCAUCAGGAGUGACCGUCGAGGGACGUGUCAGGGGAGCCGCACAGUGUUCGCCUGCGUGGGUUACUGCGAGUCCAUCACCUUCCCUUCCCGGUACUCCGUCCUGCUGGCCUCCAACUUCACCCGCAGCAUCACCUCCGCCUCGCGCUGCUGCACCAUCAGGCAGGUGGCGAAGGUCAAAGUUCGCAUGGAAUGCCCCCGAGACUAUCACUAUGAUGACAUUGAGAUCCUGACAGCACAGGCUUGUCGCUGUGACAUGUGCCGCAAGUCCCGUUACUAG